GCCAACAAACUCCGUGCCUGUAGUUUUCCGAAAACACACGCCGCUGCCUAUAUAAACCAAUUCCUCCCUUCAAAUCAACCCAAAUUUCGCAUAUUUUAGCCUAUAAAUCUUCAAUUCGCCAUGUCCAGAAGCACGAUCUUAACCUUCUCCCUCGUGAUUUUCUUCCUUUUCGUCUCGAGUUGUGUCGUGAAUGGAAUUCCAGGAGGUAGGACGAAGAUAGAAGACGUGAAGACGAACAAGGAGGUUCAGGAACUAGGAAGUUAUUCGGUGGAUGAGUACAAUAAGUUACAACGAAGCCAGAAGGGCGGUGCCGGAGAUCUGAAGUUUUCGAAGGUGGUGUCGGCGGAGUCGCAAGUGGUGUCGGGGAUCAAGUACUACUUGAAAAUCGAAGCGGUGUCGAAAUCGGGGGUUUCGAAGAUUUUCGAUGCGGAGGUGGUGGUUAAACCAUGGAUGCAUUCAAAGCAGUUGCUGAAUUUCAAACCUUCACCGGCGAGGAAAUAGGGUAAUCUAUGAAUUUGUUCUGUUUCUUCAGAAUCGUCGAGAUCUGUUGAGUAAUGUUCUUGUUGUGACUUGGUUUUAUAAAUAAAUCUAUGGAUCUAUCGAAUUAUUCGAGUAUUCACGUUGAAUAUGAAGAUUAGGGUUUAAAGCGUCGAUCUGAAGGUACCGACCGAUACCGUUGUCCACCAUGGCCAUCGGUUUCAAUGGCGGCAGGAAUGUUGUUUUAUUUAUUUCUGUGUUAUUUUAUUGUAUGUUGUUUGGAGUUAAUUUAUUAAUGUUUGAAGAAUGUUGUUUGGUUA